AUGAUUGUGCAUCGCCGAGGUUCGCUGUGUCUCACGACGCUGUUCUUACUCACUGCUUGCUUGCAGCUUACAUUUGUGUCACACAAUGUGGCCACGCGUCCUUGGCGCAAGUGGCGCCAGAUAAAGACGAUGAUGAGAUUCAAGCCCGGCAUCAAAGUUGAAAAGAUGUCCAAAGAAGAGGCAGAGAAACAAUUUGGCAUCUCCUCCUGGCCAACUUGGGGCUGUGGCGCCUCGAAGUUUGACUGGGAAUACAGUGGGACAGAGACUGCAUACAUUCUGGAGGGCGAGGUGACCGUGACUCCAACUGGAGAGUGGUCGGAUGCUGAGCCGGCCACAAUCGAAGCAGGAGACCUUGCGACCUUUCCAGAUGGAAUGACUUGUGUUUGGGACGUGAAGAAACCUAUCAGGAAGCACUAUAACUUCUCAUGA